GUGUUUUAACUUUUUUUAGAUAAUAGAUAAUGAAAGAAAAAUGAGCAUUCAUGAGAAACCUUAAAUAUAAUAUUUCUCUAAUCUAUCUCUUCUUGUGCCUUUAAGAAUUAAGAAUGACAGAGAAUUGGAAUCACACUGCUCUUCUUGUAAUCGACAUGCAGAAAGAUUUUAUAAAAGAUGAGAGUCCUGUAAAUGUAAAAGGAGGGAAAGAUGUUGUCCCAAAUGUGAUCAAGGCUGUGGAAAUUGCUAGACAGCGUGGAAUUCUCAUUGUUUGGGUAGUACGCGAACACGAUCCCUUGGGAAGAGAUGUUGAACUCUUUCGUCGGCAUCUAUAUGCAGAAGGGAAAGUUGGUCCGACCUCAAAAGGAACUGAAGGUGCAGAAUUAGUUAAUGGACUCGUUAUUAAAGAAGGGGAUUAUAAAGUUGUGAAGACAAGGUUUAGUGCAUUCUUUUCUACACACCUUCAUUCAUUCCUUCAAGGAGCAGGAGUCAAUAGUCUGGUGGUCACUGGUGUUCAAACUCCAAACUGUAUCCGGCAAACUGUCUUUGACGCUGUAGCAUUGGAUUAUCAACCUGUUACUGUUCUUGUUGAUGCUACAGCAGCAGCCACACCUGAUAUUCAUCUUGCCAAUGUGUUAGACAUGAAAAAUAUAGGAGUUGCAACCCCUACAUUACAAGAAUGGAGCGAAUCCAAAGCUUGAUCUGUUAACUCUUUGCAUCAUGUGGUGUUCAAUUUCAAGGUUCAAAGGCGUUGAUAUCUUUUGGAUAGCUGCUAAAUGGUAAAUCGAAAUAAAUUAUGUAUACUAAGUUACUUGGUCGUCAUGCCGUGAAAUAAUAUAUUCAAAUAUGCAUUAUUUGUAUGUAACACUGUAAGUGUGUAUCUCUAUAUUUAUCUUAUUUGUUACGCAAAAAUCAAAGGGGAAAUUGCACUCAUCUCCCUUUGAGAUUUCAUUGAA